AUGGGGGCAGUCAUCGGUAAAGCUGCAGAUGGGAUUGGAGGUGUUCUUGGAAAUGUGUUAGCAGCUCCAUUUAAGAGUGUUUUUGGUGGAUCAUGCGAGAAACGCUUCUAUUUAUGCUUGGCCACCGGGUACCAUAGCCAUGAACUGAUAUCUGUGCCAAAGCGGACAUUUGUUCAGGGCCAUGGGAUUUGGGAAUAUGCCAUAUGCCAAUGCAUUAUAAGAAGCCUUUGCAAGAUAUGCUGGACUGGUUGUAAAACAUAUUGGUUUGCACUAGAAGAUAUUACAUGUUUCUUGUGGCACAAGUUAAAAAAUACUAAGCGUGUAAAUCGUCAUCACCAUCGUCAUCGUCAUUUUGAAGACAUUGAAGAAGUAGGGUUCAAUGAUUAUUAUUUAGAUAAGUAUGAUUACCGACAGCAAAGGCUAUAUGAGGCAACUGCUCGUAGCUGGACUCAGAAGUACGCAAUGGGUUGA